AUGCAAAAAAGACGAGCUGAUCCCACUCUUCCUUUAAUCAUUCAAAAUGGCGUGUGUGCAAUAUCUCACGAUCUCAGCGAAGCGUUUCAGAGUGGUGAACGAAACGAAAUUAUUCGGACGUUGGAACGAAACGAACAUUUAUUAGGCAAAUUAUUAGUCAUUUCAAGGUGGCUUGGUCGUAACCCAGUUCUUCACGACAUCACGACGUUCAACGCUAUUUGCCACCAAUCAAUCCUCCAACUCCACUCCAAUAUCAAAGAAUUCAACCGAAAUGCAAACGAGACCGUCAUGCAACGACGGGGAUUUCCACACAUCGUCACUGCACUUCAAGUUCUACUUAACGGGACGUUUCCACUCCCUGAAAUACCUUACCAAGUCCCCGACUAUUACGUUGUGAAAGCGAAAAUUAAUCGAUAUCUCCGGAAGUAUUUGUACACCAAUUAUCAAGCGAUUCAAUGUGAUAAAGUCGAUAUUGUAGAGGGAGUGAUGAUGAUAACAAAAACGAAUUCGUUUACAUGUUGGGUCACUGUGGGGAACCCAGACAGUCUUUUUUGCAAGAAGAUUCCCCCGUUUUGGUCUAUUGUCGAACUCCAAUUUUUUACACCACAAAAGGCGGUGGCAAGUGACGAAUUGGUCAACGAAGUUAAUGUCAAAUUGGGGAGUGCGGAAUUCAUGGAGAAUACAAUACCAAAGAUGAUCAACGUCCUCGAUGCGAAGGCGAAAAACGCACAUUUCGAGGCACUUGUCGAACUUACAAAGAGCAAACUGAUUAUCGAGAAUUUCCCGAAAAUGGUGACAAGUGUAGUUACGAAUACAACGGAAAAAGUACUGAAAAUUAAUUAUUGGAGCAAUGCAAUGUACUUGGAGUAUCACUUGAGGACCAAGACUUCGGAAUUUUUUGUGUCACACAACGGGAUCGUCAAACUGAAAAUCGACACAACAAAAACUCUGUUUGAACAACUGGUGUUUGUAGCAAGGGAAAGUGCGAAACAAACAAGACGCGUAUUUUGGGAAGCGCUUCAAAAGGACUUUUCUGAUGAAGUCAUUCUUGCGGACAUUCAAAUUGCACCAUUCACUGGGAAAAUCACACUCGUUUCACACUUUUUGCCAAAGGAAAUCACUGCGUAUUACGCAGAUAUGAUGACAAAAAUACCACUCGACCAACUCCACCCCGUUUAUAAUGACUUGUACGCACACACGAGACUCUCCCAAAUCUACCAAGGGGCUUCGCUCUUCUUUAUCGAAAAAGAGUUGGUCAGAGUCGGGCCAGAAAUGGUUGAACCGAUUGAAACCCAUACAAAGAAGUUUGAUCAAAUACGUGGGGAGGUGUUGAUUCCUCGUGUUUUCCAAAACAGUGAAGUACUUCAAAACGUUGUGUGUGGGAUGCUUUUCAAAAUUCAAAUGUCUGAGGAUCGGUCGCUCAUAUUCUUUGUCACGAAAAAAACCAAUGAGGUGACCAAGAAAAAGGAAGAGACGAUGGUGUGCGUUGGAUUUAAAGGAGCUGAUGGUGUGAAUUACUCGUCGUGCUCAAAAGAAGUGUUCAGUCAAACACUGCCGUUUUAUGUUGAAAAGGUCUAUCGAUUUUGCUCGGAGUCGUAUUCAAAGUAUUCAACCAAAAUGUAUAUGGAAUCAUUCAAAGACAAAUUCCCAAAGACGUUAGCAAGUUUAAAUUCGUCAGUUACGUCAUCGAAAACAAAGAGUGGGUUCAUUCUCUUCAACUCGAAUUUGCCAUUUAUGGCGACUAUUGAACAACCACCCGAUGAUGAGUAUUACAUACUCUCUGUUGGGCUGAAAAGUGUCAAUUUGGAUAAGUUCAAACCGAGUAAUCGUGUGCAGAUACAAGACAAAUACAUCCGCUUUAUGAUACCAAAGAGAAAUGUUGACACUGAUGUCAUUGAAGGUACCGAGGCGUUUAUUAAGUUCAUACACGUCGUUGCGUUUGCGGUCAAAUGCGUCGAGAGGUUGGUUUCGUUCAGCGAGAACACAAUUGUUUUCAAAGGGUUUUCGAUUGAGUUUGUGUCACAGACAUUUGACACGAUUCAAAUAGUCACGACAUUGAACGAGGAGUACAUACACUUGUCGGAGAUACUCAAGUUUGAGUUCUUUGAUUCGCCGAAAGGGGAGGGAAAUAAAAAGAGUAUUGCGCUGUCGAAUUGCAACUCUUUACUGAACAGUUUGAGUAUGUUUACCCUUUACUUUGACUCAAUUCUGGAAGUACUGAAAGGGAUGAACAUGUCGUGUGUAUCUGUUAAUGUCAUGGAAUUUUCCUCUGUCACUUUGUUUAUUAGCACGGAAGAUGAGAAAGCAAAUGAUCAGACGUUUGUCAUCUUCUUUUCAUUUAUUCCGAAGAUGGAGGACAAGACGAUGAAUUUGCACCACAAGACACUCGACAACUUUGGGAAGAAAAAAUUUCCAUUGGAGGUGUUUAAAGAGACGAUGAAGCAAAUACCAAACAACUUUAAAGUGAAUGAAAUUGAAAAGUACAUGAAAAUGUUAUUGGGAUUGAUUCACAUCAUGUUGGUGAUUGAAUUUGUAUGCAACCAAACAACGCGUUCGAUUGAGAACCGGAACUACCGAAUAUCAAUUCGACAAGAUUUAUCACUCAAGUUACCAACUUGUAUCCCACUUGACACGCUUGUGACAGCUACACUCAUCCAAACACCACAGCCAGACCCAUUCACCAAAUUCUUCAACGCAAAGUUUUCAAAUCCUUUGAAGAGUGGGAUGUUGAUUGAUGCGAAAAACUUGAUGAACUUCAUUGCGAAGAAGACAACAGUCAUGAAAAACUUCACGGACAUCGAGCCCUUGGCGACGUUGUGUGGGAACUCCCUGUCUGUUGAAAAGAUGAAGAACAUCUACGAUUUCACUUUGGAAGAGCAGAACAACAUUUUCAUUAUCCACAUAUUUGUGUAUUCGAACGAACAGAAUUACAUUCGAAAGAACCCCCAACACAAAAUGUUGAUCAACUACAUGCAAGGCAAGUUCACAUUUGGGUGUGACCAAGCGGACACCCUCAUGGCACAAGUUGUCAGUGCAGGGAUGAGAAAUAGCGUGAGCACAUUCAGGCAGAUGGUCAUGCUACUCCAAGAGAGUUUUGAGUCGGAGGAGGUUGUAUAA